UCUCGCAUUGACAAGAGCGAGAUUGGCUUUUUCUGAGUUUGUCAGCUCCCCCUAAAAUAGCAGUCAGCGUGUGAAUGUGAACUGAAAUUACGUUUAUCCACUGGAGUCACCGAUAUAGAGUGUCUAUAUACAGCGACUGACUCGGGAGUAAAGAUUUUGGUGCGGUUUGCUGAGGAGCAAAAAGUGUACUGAGGAGACUGAAAGAGAGCACACGAAGAGAUACUGUAGCACAAUGUUCUAGGGGAGUGGGGCAGAAAAGCGUGCUGUUUUGAUAUCGUUGAGGUGUCUGAAAGAGCGGAAAGGACACAGCCAUGGGGCGGAAGAAGAUACAGAUCACCAGGAUCAUGGAUGAGAGGAACAGACAGGUUACCUUCACAAAGAGGAAGUUCGGCCUGAUGAAAAAGGCCUACGAGCUGAGCGUACUGUGUGACUGCGAGAUAGCCCUCAUCAUUUUCAACAGCUCUAACAAACUGUUCCAGUACGCCAGCACAGACAUGGACAAAGUGUUGCUGAAAUACACAGAGUACAAUGAGCCCCAUGAGAGCAGAACCAACUCUGACAUUGUAGAGAAAUUGAGAAACAAAGGCCAUAAUGACUGUGCUAGUCCCGAUCCUGAUGACUGUUUCGGGCACAGCCCCAUCAUGGAUGACCAUUUCGGCAAACUAAGCGAAGACAGUGAUUUAAUGUACAAGCGCUGCGGUGCGCUAAACAAGAAAGAACACAGAGGUUGUGAUAGCCCGGACCCCGAUGCCUCAUAUGUCCUCACUCCUCACACAGAAGAAAAGUAUAAAAAAAUUAAUGAGGAGUUUGAUAAUAUGAUGAGAAAUCAUAAAAUCCCCACGGCGUUGCCUCAGCAGAACUUCUCCAUGCAUGUGGCGGUGCCCGUGUCCAAUCCUGCCAUGUACCAGGCGGGAGGAAAUCUGGGCAGCCAGGCCCUGGCAGCAGCGACAGCCUCGCUGAAUGAGAGCGGGAUGCUGUCCCCUCCGCAGGCCUCCCUGCACAGGAAUGUUGGCUCCGGUGGAGGAUCUCAGAGGCCCACCAGUGCAGGCAGUGCAGGGAACGGCUUCGUUAACCCCAGGGGCUCGCCAAGCCUCCUGAGCACGCCCAGCGGCAACGGUCUGGGUAAAAUCCUGCCUACCAAGUCUCCACCACCUCCUGGAGGGAACAUGGGAAUGGGGAGUCGGAAGCCAGACCUGAGGGUUGUAAUCCCUCCAUCGAGCAAAGGGAUGAUGCCCCCACUGAACACCCAGAGGAUAAGCAGUUCCCAGUCCAGCCAGCAGCUUGCCACUCCUGUUGUGUCUGUUACCACCCCCAGCUUACCCCCCCAGGGCUUAGUCUACUCAGGCAUGCCCACCGCCUACAAUCCUGCUGAGUACUCGCUGAGCAGUGCAGAGAUCUCCUCCCUACAGGGCUUCAACUCUCCCAGUCUCUCUCUGGGCUCCAUGUCUGCAUGGCAACAGCAUCAACUAGGCCAGGCAGCUCUUAAUUCUUUGGUUGGUGGAAGUCACCUACCUCAAGGCUCCAACUUAUCCAUCAGCACCAGCCAGAACAUAAACAUAAAAUCUGAGCCCAUAUCACCGCCCCGCGAGCGGGUCACCCCAUCCGGGUUCCCGUCUCAGCAGCAGCAGCCACAGCAAGGGUCAAGCCGGCAAGAGGUUCUUGGACGCUCACCCGCCGACAGCCUCAGCUCGUCCUGCAGCUCAUAUGAUGGUAGCGACCGUGAGGACCACCGAGCGGACUUCCAUUCCCCGCUUGGACUUGGAAGACCCCCUGCUGGCUCUGAGGACAGGGAGAGCCCGUCAGUCAAACGCUUGCGCAUGGAUACAUGGGUGACAUAAGGAGCUCUGAUCCGGUCUGCAGUCACCAGUCAGACAGAUAGAGGAAGGGAGGGAUUAGACAUGGGGAUAAAAGACGGAGCAAGGCUCCUUAGAGCUGUCAAUAUUAUUCUAUUAUUCAACUCCACUUCGAUUUGAAAUUCUGGGAUGUAACGUUAGAAGAUGUCAGGACAUAUUUAGGUCAAUGCUCAAACUGAUACAGGAGGGUUAAACAAUCUAAGUAAAUUUUGUGCACAAGCAGGUGGUAUCAGGUACUUGCCGCAGUUCAGAAGGCAUCUGCAGAUGAGAGAAAAUUGUUAAACAAUAGGCGGUAGAUUAUUGUAGCCACUGGUCUAGUCAGACAAUUACAUGUAUUUGCUGUUUUGCUGUUGUGCUCGCAAAUUCGCAAACAAUCCCAGAAAAUUGUGUUGCUUUCAGGCUGAGGACUCUCUUAUUACAUAUGAUGUUCACUGCAAGAACUAUGUUUAAAUACCAUGCAGCAACCACACAGGUUUUGUCUAAAAGGGGGCCUCUUCAAAAAUCCUUAAGAUCAGGAGACACAGAGCACAUCAAGCCAAGGUCAUCCAGGACUCUUCAAUAAGCUGAGACAACUUUAAAACAACAAUAUGGCAGGUAAAAUAAAAUAGUGUCAGAAUUUAUUGCAAUAAUGAUAAUUACUUUCAUAAUUUAAAAAAGUAAGGUGUAUGAAUAUACAGUUAAGAUAAUGCAAACCUGUCCAGUUGAGCUGGUUAGUAAGCCAACGUGUUGACAUUUGAGCAACAGUCCGUCAGUUAAAUAAGCCAAAGCUGGGGUUUUUUGUGUUGUUUUGUACAGUUGCUGUAAUCUCGUUACAGUUCGCUCAAAUGCUGCCUCUCUUCUUCUUUUUUUGUUCCAUCAUACUCUGUAUUUUUCAUUUUGUUUUGUUACAGUGUAAAAAUCCACGUGAAGCAGAUUCUUGAAUCAGAUAUUGAAAAGCCAUGGACGUUUGCUGUUCUAUUUGUACAAUGUCAAAAUUUGAGCCAAGCAUUUUGUCUUUUUUUGUUGUUGUUGUGUAAAUAACAACUUUAAUAUAUAUAUUGCCAGGGUGGUGAGUACACCCUUUUCGAGAAAGUAUAUUUUUGUGGUUUACAGCUGAGUUUACAGGAGUGGACCCUUAAAAAAGUCACUAGUCCAUAUUUCACGGUUUUAUUCAGUCAUUUCUGCGUAAACUCAGACGAAUGUUUGGUUAAAGAUUGUUGGUUUUGUCUCAUUUGCCCUGAAUACACUCUGAAAUGAAUUCUAUGAGAUCAAACUUUCAUGCGUUGUUUUUUUUGAAGGAUGAUCACAAGACAGGGGAAAAUAGGAGUUCCUCCUGCCCAUUGUGGUCUAACAUUAAGUGCUAAAGUUACUGUCACUAUUCAAACCCAUGCUUCUAACUAAACUGAACAAAAACACCUUAGGGCUACCAUCCUGCUAUUAGCUUUUGGAAUUUAAGCCAAUAAAUCUAAACACAAAAGAAGUUGCUGGUGACCAUAAGACAAAAAUAAAUAGAUAUCUAUGGGUGCCCACGUGUGGUUGUAAAUACUCAUUAUAACUUGAUUGGCUCAAGAGUUUCUUUUACAAAUGUAUCCCCAUUUAGUGACAGAGCUGUAACCCUGUACUUGGAACAUUAGGAGCCAGAAAUGUGCAAAUAUAUUGGAAGUUGUUGUGGCAUAAAGCCUGUGUUAUUACACUGUAACGAGGACUAAAAAAACAGGGUUGUAGCUUUUUUAAAUCUCCAUUAUAAAAGGCAUAAACCAUUCAUCAGAUAACAGCACACUGACUGACUUUAAUAUUUCCUGCUGACAGGCACACAUUUGUAUGAGAAUGAUUGCUGCACAAGACAGAUUUCACUGUGUAUUCUCCAUGGCAUAACUUAUGUGUAUUAAUGACCUAAGGCAUCCCCAUUGCAUCCCCAUUGCAGAUCUAUGCAUAUUCAACCCCACUUCACAUGACAUAUAUAAACUAUGAUGUCAUUACUGAACAUAUUCAGUCUGCAGACUGUCAGGGUAAAGAGUGUCAGACUGUUAGUCUCUUAUUCUAAAGUGCCACAGCUGGAAGUUACUGGACUACAAUUUUAAUAUCUUUUGGUUUUGGCUAUCUCCUCAUCCAUUUACAGUGCCUUGCAAAAGUAUUCAUACAGCUUGAGCGAUUUCACAUGUCACGUUUCAGCCACAAACUUUCAUGUAUUUUAUUAGGACUCUAUAUCAUAGACCAACACAAAGCAGUGCUUGUGAAGCACAAGAGAAAGGAUAUUUGGAUUACAACUUUUUGCUAAAAAUAAAAGAGCACCAUCUUCCACAUAAUUGCAGUGUUCCACAGGAUCAUUUGCAGUUUCUGGCAAACUGCAAAUGACACUUCUUAUGUCUUUCUUACAAAAAUGGCUUUCUUCUUGACACUCUUCUUUAUAGGUCAGAUUUCAGGAGUACUCUGAAUCUCUGCAGCUCCUCCAAAGUGGCUGUUUCUUUCAUUAAUGCUUACCUUGCUCUCCUUAAUUACUCCCAGGUGGACUCUAACGGUGACUCUUUAAGAAAAAGAAGCAAAUACCACAGAAAAUGCCACACUUUUCAUAGUUUAAUAUGUAAAAAGAAUUGAAAACCAUCCUUUUCCUUCUACUUUACAAUUUUGCACUCCUUUGUGUUGGACUAUUAUAUGAAAUCCCAGUGAAAUACGUUGAAGUUUGUAGCUGUAAUGUGACAAAAUGUAAAAAAAAAAAAAUAUCAGCUGCUAUGGAUACUUUUGCAAAAGACUUUAUACACACUGAUAGAUCUACAUCAUGGGGUUUAAUUAUCCAUAUUGUAAUCCAGUUUAACACAGCAGAAGAAGAUAGCAAUAAUAAAUGACUUCAACAGAAAUCAUCUGCCUGUCUUGGCGGCGCCGCCUUGUAGUUGAGCACAUUUUUUAGCACUUGAUGACAUACCAGGGAAUUUUGUAGUUGCUCUACCAAUAUGCACAGUUAGAAAAUGCCUUAUCCCAAAGAGAAAUUGCACCACAUUUAUUCUCUCUCAUGUAAGGAAAGACAAUGCAGACAUCAUCCAGGCGGGACGAGACCGUCCUUUCACAGCAGACUCACACAAAAAAUGCAUGGUGAAUGCACAGUGAAACAAAUGUUCUGUUAGUCCUCGUCCAAAUUGUGCACAACUGAUGAAUGUGAAAGGAAAGGGUAAUCGAUGAACCUCUGGAGAGAACUUUCUUCACUUUGCUGUGCAAGAGUACACCGCUUUGCUUCAUGGCUAAGUAUUUGGUAAGUGUCUGUAGUUGAUAGUUCACGUAACUAAGGAAGCUGUUUUCGGUUUGAGCGCUCAGACCGUUUGGCGGCACAAGCUGGACUUUGUUGCCAAUAAUAAAAUUAUUUGUUUUAAAAUUGAAAUAGAUUUUAAGUUAAUCUGCAUUUUUGUUUCCGCUUGAAUGUGUUAUUUUAUUUUCAACAUACAAUAAUUAUUCAAGUGAACUUUUUAUUGAACAAUUAAGAUACUAUGCUAGAUGUUGUUGUACAAAAUUUGUAUUCCACACAAAAUGUGCAAAUAUUGGCUUUUCAUGUGUAAUUUAGUUUUUGUUUCUCUUAUUCUGUAUAAAAUAAAAUAAACAACUCUUUCAUAGAAUCUGUUCUUCUGUGAAGUCCCAAACAGUAUAAACUGUCAACUUUAUUAAACACCUCAGUGUAUGCUCAAUCUAAA